UUGGUUUUGUUUUGUGACAGUGAAACAACGUUCAACGCCGCCUACACUACAAUUUCUCCUUUAUCGUUCUCGCUUGGUAAGUGAAUCCAUCUCGGCGUGGGGUAGCAUUAUCAAUUUAACCAUUGACUAGGCGUGUGCCGUCGGACAACGCUACUAUUAUAAACUGGACUUGAUUUCCGUUGUGAAGCUUAGAAUCGGAGGAAGAAGUCAGUAGCUGAGAUAACGCAAGCCGGUACAGUGAUUUGAAAAAACCGUAUUCAAGAACACAGAACAGCCUCCAGGAUGUUCCUGUUGCGACUUCUAACCCGUCCGGCGUCUUCCGCAUCGAACCGGACGGCAGCGUUUGGCCUUUUCGGUACGGCCAUGGUGGCGAUAAACCUGCUUUCAACAUCUAGCGUUUUGGCGUGUCCCUCAUCGCAGAGCAAGAAGACGGCGUCUGGCAAUGAACCUUCGUCGGUCUACGACUUCAGCGCAGUGGACAUCGAUGGCAAUAAGGUGGAUUUCGAGCGCUACCGAGGUCACGUGCUGAUCAUCGUCAAUGUCGCCUCCAAGUGUGGCUAUACCGCUGGCCAUUACAAGGAGCUGAACGAACUGUACGAGGAAUAUGGCGAAACGGAAGGUCUUCGAAUUCUAGCGUUCCCCUGCAACCAGUUCGGUAACCAGGAACCGGGAACCAACGAGGAGAUCAAACACUUCGCCCGCGUUGAGAAGGGAGCCAAGUUCGACCUGUUCGCCAAGAUAUACGUCAACGGGGACGAGGCGCAUCCGCUGUGGCAGUUCCUGAAGCAACGUCAAGGUGGUACGCUGUUCGAUGCCAUCAAGUGGAACUUCACCAAGUUCAUCGUGGACAAGAAUGGGCAGCCGGUGGAAAGACAUGGACCCCAGACCAGCCCGCUGCAGUUGCGGGACAAUUUGAAGAAGUACUUUGCUCAAUGAUGUGUUGAUAUCAGCGAUGUGCAGGCCUUUCAUCUCUUUUAAUGUAGUAUCUCAUGAAUAAAUGAUGCAUUUCAGA